GUCACUCGCUGGACGAUUCUGCGGAAACCUCUCUGUUCCAGUACCCGUUCUCUAACAACACAAAAAUAUUUUCGCUUUUCUUCUACGUAACUCUUUGGAACCGCCACCCACAUUCCUUCUCAUCUACCUCAUAACCUCUUUUCAUCCAUCUUCUCCCACUUCUACAACCGCAACUCCCACUUACCCCAAGCUACUGUUAUCACCAUCAUCGCCAUCAUCAUCACUAUCAGUGUCACCAUCCCCAUCUUAUCUCCGAUAUUUUCGGUUUCUCAGGUUUAGCUCCUAUACCCGUCCCGUGGCGUUUGUUGCGUUUCUCUCUCUAUCUCUCUGACAUUGGUCGGCUAAAGCAAAUGACCGGUUUAGGAAAGCAAUGGCGGAUCCGCCCAACAUGGGUUGGCGGCGGAAUAAAGUGGAGAGGUCUUUAUCAUUCGAGGACGAAAACAAGUGUUCUGUUCCAUCUGGUGGAGUUGUGGCCUUAAAGCAAGAAACAAGUGGCUUGGGCGAGUCAAAAUGGGCCCCAACGUGGGCGACUACUUGGGAGGAGGGCCCGGCUGCCUACACGCAAUCAGACACUAGGGCUAGUGACCCCUCUGAAAGCGGUGGAUCCACCGAGGCCGACCCUAUGCUUGUUGUGGAUCCGGUUCUUGCUGUGGGAUUGAAAGAAAGCCGCGGUGAAGUGAGGGCGGAAGCCGAGCGAGCUGGAUACGGGGUGUUGAAGGCUAGCUUUCCGAGGCCUACAGCUGGCCAAAAGAGGGAUCAAAGAUCGUUUUACACCUCUGUUACAUCUGAAGCCUCGAGCUCGAAGAAUUUGUGGGGCAUGGAAGCUGUAGAGGCGGAUUAUCCUGCUCCACCAUCACAACCACUUGCUACAAACUCACGAGGGAUUAUCGAUGUGGAAAUUGAUGAUGAUGGCGAUGUGAUUAUGGCAGAUCUCGAAGAAUGGCAAGCCAUCAGAGAAGUCGCUCAUGUAAUUGCAGAGGACCGCGCUAGUGAGAGAACUAGCCAGGGAAAGGUAGGUGGAUCGCCACACCCCAAGAAUUAGCCAAUGUCAAAAUCCACUAAAAAAAGCUUAGCCGGAAGUUCUUGAACCCGGAGAGCGUGUUGAUGAUGCUACCCAUAUUCUCGUGAUUGAUACAAGUUUCAUCCUGGCUCAUCUUAGCUUGGUCAAUGACCUUGUGCUUUCAUACAUGGAAUGGGGCUGUGUUGUUGUUUUGCCCUGGGCCACAAUAAAGGAGCUAGACGGGCUCAAGAAAUCAAAUAGAGGUAUCAUCGGUGUUAGCGGCCAAAAUGACAGCCACCAGAUUGAUAUAUCCAUGCUUGCACGGGCUGCAAAUCGCUGGGCAUUUCAGGUACUGUCGAAGCCGGAGCCAGGAAUUUGGGGACAGGCAAGGGAAGAAGUUAUUGACGGGACAUUCAAUCAUGGGGACAUGGCAAUCUUGGACUGUGCUAGGUAUUUAGUCUGAGAGGGUAGUCUUUGUGAAUUCUUGACUAAUAAUCAUGGCAGAUUUUUCUAUGAUCAAGGGUAUGAUACCUAUCUCUUGACUAAUGAUUUUAAUCUCAGCGUGAGCGCUAUAAUUUAUAGUAAGUGGAGACUCGGCUGUAGCGCGCGAAACCAAGCCCUAAUUAUUAUAGAAAUCAAGGCAUUUAUGUACGAGAAAGGGCAGACUUGCCAGUCCCUAUUGAAGAAAAUUUAUGGGAGAUCUCAAAGACCCCGCCAUCUCCCGAAACCGAAAGGAUUUUUGACCCAAACUACUGAAUCUAAGAUUGGGAAAGGGCUAGGGAAAUGGGUUGAGCCAAGGGUUGAAGUAAAGACGGGGCGAGGGGUUGAUCUCGGGCUUGCCCAAGGCGCUAGGGCUAAAGCCAUAGCACACAUUCUGCCGCCAAAUCUGGUCCGGGGCUGUUAUAUCCCGCCAAUGCCCACACGACCCCAUGGCAGAAAUAGCGCCAUUUCAGGCCAGUUGUGCUCUCCGUCUCCUGAUACAGUUAGAGCCCGGAAAAGCCUGGUUGGAAAUGGAAUGGCUGAAUCUAUCCAUGCUCCUCGGGCUAGAGAGGUUAGAGAGACGGGCUGUGCUGGAAGCUACGUACACUCCACCCCGCCAGCAGCCACAGCAGUCAUUUCAACCAGGCGUCUUUCCACACUGUUGCUCGAGAUACAGGCCGACGCACUCUCAAGCUUUAGAGCAGCCAUAAAACAUCACAUUCUCGACUGCUUCGGCGACGAAGCCGACUACCUCAAGAUCUAUCCCGAAGAUCAGAUCCGCAGUCUCUACGAUCUCGAGAGCUUCAUACUCAAGCACUACUGUACCGUUUUCGCGGAUUUCAUACCUAAACCUGCCCACAAUCAAAUUGUGUCUCGCUACUUCUCUGGCAUGCUCCACAAACUCGAGAAGUUCUCGCGUGUCCCUGCUCAAGCAAGUUACCGACCCUCGGGUUUGGAGGUCUUGGGUUUCAUUGACUCUUUAGAUUUACUCUGGCAGAUGACAAGUGCCGGGGUUCCCCAUCUCACGGGUUGUGAUUGGCCGGUUCACGAUUGGAGGCGGAGGGCCAACAAUGAUCUCGGGUAGCCUCCUCCUUUGUUGAUUGGGCCCUUCGUAUACUUCUCUAUGAUGGUAUGCUGUAUGGGUUGGUGCCAGGCUUGAGAUGGGGAUUAUGCGUUUUUCCUUUUUCUUUUCUUCCUAGGAUUUCUCGCAGGUUGUUUGACAAUGACUAAUUUUGUUACUAUAAGUAUAAGACGUGCUUUUUCUCCUUUCUUUCUUCCUUUUCCACCUUCUUUCUCUUUUUAUUAUUAUUUCUUACUUCAGCUAGGGUAGUGAGUAUUAGUUGUUUGGUGUGCUAUGUGCGCCAGUGAGUAGGUUCGAUAUGUGGUAAGCCUUGGGGAAUUGGAAAGUGUAUUUUAUUUCAUUUUAUCAUCUCCCUGUUCCAAUUUCCAGUAUCGGCGGAUUUCCUCCAUUAGGAUUGGUCAAUUUAGGUUACACGUCAGGUAAAUGAGUAUGAGGGGCAGUGGAGUCGGCAUGAGUUGUGGUUUUCUCAAAGAGUUGCCUGAGGUAACGAUUGACAGUAUAAAAGUACCGGUAUGUGGAGGGUGGAUACGGUCCUCGUAAGAUAUCCGGUUUCUCUGAUAUAUUAUCCUAGUAAUAGCGGGAGGGAUUACCUUAUAGUUCUUGUCGUCGUUUAGAUAAGUUAUGAAGGUAAGAGGGUUGUUAGCACUUUCGUGGUGCCGUGCGGGUUGAGCGGGUUGCGAUGCUGUACGAAUAGAUCCAAAGUGCAGUACGAGCACAGUGAUCCGAACAUAUACUGUCCUACCAAUCAGGACUGCGGAAAGUUUGAUUGCGCGU